GGCGAGGAGGGGACGGCCAGACCUCGCGGAGAAAGGGGCGCGUGAGGGAGGACUCGGCAAGCGGCCGGCAGCGAUCCGCGCGGUUUUCUUCCCGCUUCUGGGUUCCUUUUUGCCUUCCUUCUUUCCUCACUGGCGAGUUCGUGGGCUUUAUUUGAGAGCGAGAAAAGGGCGAAGGACACCUCAAUGAAGGAAAGAAGAGCCAGCCAGAAAUUAUCCAGCAAAUCGAUCAUGGAUCCUAAUCAGAAUGUGAAGUGCAAAAUAGUGGUUGUUGGGGAUACCCAGUGUGGAAAGACGGCUUUGCUUCACGUCUUUGCGAAGGACUGCUUCCCUGAGAAUUAUGUCCCCACUGUGUUUGAGAAUUACACGGCCAGUUUUGAAAUAGACACACAAAGGAUAGAACUCAGUCUCUGGGAUACUUCUGGGUCUCCUUACUAUGACAAUGUCCGCCCACUUUCCUAUCCAGAUUCUGAUGCCGUCUUAAUUUGUUUUGACAUUAGCCGUCCAGAAACACUUGACAGUGUCUUGAAAAAGUGGAAAGGUGAAAUCCAGGAGUUCUGUCCCAAUACCAAAAUGCUUCUGGUUGGCUGCAAGUCUGACCUGCGCACAGAUGUUAGUACGCUAGUAGAGCUGUCCAAUCACAGGCAAACACCAGUAUCAUAUGAUCAGGGUGCAAAUAUGGCGAAACAGAUUGGAGCAGCCACUUACAUUGAAUGCUCGGCCUUGCAGUCGGAGAACAGCGUAAGAGACAUUUUUCACGUCGCUACCCUGGCCUGCGUGAACAAAACAAAUAAAAACGUUAAGCGGAACAAGUCGCAGAGGGCAACAAAACGAAUUUCACAUAUGUCAGGCCGGCCGGAACUUUCGGCAGUCACCACAGAUCUGCGAAAGGACAAAGCUAAGAGCUGUACAGUGAUGUGAAGGAUCCUGUUUCCUCAGUGGAGAUAACGAGGACAUUGUGUUUGGGUGGGAUAGGUGAAGACUCAACAAGAUGGGCCCAGUGCAAAGGCUCUAUUGUAUGGGCAUGUCAAUGCUUAAAGGCCGUGGUUCACCCUCAGUAGGCAAGAAACUGUACUUGGGGAGUCGGUAUGUAGAGGAAGCAGUGGGAAGAGAUGGAUUCUGAAGGGAUGUCAAUAUUACUUGGAUGAAAUACCAAAUACGAAGGAAGCUCUUUGAAUGUGCUAAAGAAGUGAAAAGACUGUUAGCACCGGAAGAAAUGAUGUUCUGGAGGAUGCUUAUUCUUAAAUCUAUUUUUGAAUACCGACUUUGAUUUUGAUUACAUACUAAAAUACUGCUUUUCAAAAUAAAUUCAAAAGAUUCCUGCUCUUUUCAUUGUGAAGUUUGCCCUUUUGAUAGUUCGUUUUUUCCAAAGAAUAUGAUUGUGUUUCCUUUUAGUUUAUCCUUAAGAUAGGAAAGAGGUCAUCCAGGCAAAAAAAAUGCUGUGUAAAGAGUUUUAAAAGUUAAUUUUGAUGCGAUGACUAGAGAAAGAAGACAUUAAAACAAGGUGGUAAUGAAACGAGCCCCCAGACGUUUGUAAUUAUAUAACCCCAAAAGAGAAUUGGGAGGGGCUAAAAAUACUUGUUUACGAGUAGUAGUCAAACAUAGAGUCUUCUUCGUCUCCACCAUUGUGACCAUGCUGAAAAGAAUCGGUAAUGGUCCGAAGGCUAAAUUAUUUUGAUGGCUUCUUCAUAGGAAAAUUGUAUACUACAUGGACGUCUUAGGUUGAAUUACAGAGCCUAACAAAUGGUGCUAAGAUUUAGUUAUAAAAGGCCUUUAAUUAGAAAAGAGUUUUAGUCUUGAUGCCCUCCUUGAUGGCUCCUUUGGUGUGAAGGAGGCCAACCUCAGCACUGUGUAAAGGAAUAAGUGCUGUUCUGCUAUAUGACUUUUCUACAAUUCUAUACUGGGUGGGUUGUUUUUUUGUUUUGUUUUUAAAGCUAGCACAUGAGCCAACAUAUCCAAUUAUCUCCAUUAUGAUGCAUCUCUAUAAUGGCUGCAUAUGGACGAUCAUCUCCUGUUACACAUUUCUGUUUACUUGUAAUGAGCUCUCUGAGGAAACGGGGGAGGAGGAGCCUGAAGAACAGUGGAGCCUUUAAGGGGUCCCCAGUGGAAACUGGAUAUUGCAUUAAUCCUAAAGGUCUAAUGCGAGCAUAUCCAGACAGUGAUCAUUAAACGUUACUUGUGUGACCCAGAUUCUGUCAAAUUCCUUUUCACUGACUGAUGACUAUUGUUUCAUCCACUAAAGCCAAUCUUGAAAAUAGUUUGCAGAUGUUGUUAUGCUUUAGAGGACACAACAGAACUCUGCCUUGAGAGUGUCUCUCCAGCUUGUUUGAACGCAAGCAUUUUCUCAAAUGCUUCAUUUUUGAAGUAUUAUUUCCCACAGAAAUUCCAGAUAUAUUGCCACCAUAAUAUGCUUUUUGAAUGAUGCAAUGGUAUGCUUAAGGCAGUAUUAUUAAAAAAAAAAUUAGCUGGCAAGUGCUUUCUGUAUUUAAGUAUUGUACAAAGAAAAAAAUAAGUUAACUGUUUCAACAGAACAUCCAUCACUUUUUAACAAAUGUCAGUCACUUUGUAUGUUUGGUUAUUGUUUCUGCAGUAUUUAUUUUUUCUUUCUUUUAAAUAAAAAUGUUUAGUCGUUGAUUAAA